CUGUGCUGGUCAUGUUGGGUGGUUGGGGGGAUUUUUAUUCUGGAGACCUUAAACUCGCAGAUUGAGCUGUUCUGUAUCAAGCAGAGGAUUAAAACAAUCUCCUUACAACUGAGUGGUGUUAUUCUGCAGGCGCUAACUCCAUCCAAGAUAUGUGUUUCUUUGCAAUCAAGCUGCACAUUCCUUCAGAAACCUUUCUCUUUUCCAUAGCAUAGCAGUGCUCACACAGGAGGUAAGCUUUUGUGGUUAACCAGAAGUGUCGAUACAGAAGAAUGAGCUUCUUCAGGCAAGUCAGACUUCUACUCUGGAAGAACUGGAUCCUCCGGAAAAGACAAAAGCUUCGUUUUCUGGUGGAACUUGUAUGGCCUUUGUCAUUAUUUCUUGCCCUUGUUUGGCUGAGGAAAGCUAAUCCGCUGUAUCGCCAGCAUGAAUGUCACUUCCCAAACAAAGCAAUGCCAUCUGCAGGAACGCUGCCAUGGUUACAUGGCAUCUUCUGUAACAUGAACAACCCCUGUUUCCGCAGCCCAACCCGUGGAGAGGGCCCAGGUGUUGUGUCCAACUACAACAAUUCCAUCCUUGCAAGGGUAUAUCAAGAUGCUCAGGAGCUCUUACUGGAAGCCCCUGAAUUCCGUGACCUUGGCAGAAUCUGGGAAGAACUGAUCGUUAUGACUCAGUUUAUGGAAACAAUGAGAACUAAUCCUGAAAGAAUUGCAGGAAGAGGAAUACGAAUUCUGGACAUUUUGAAAGAUGGGGAGACUCUCACUUCCUUCUUGCUGGAAGAUGCUGGUCUCCCAGAUGCUGUUGUUUUCCAGCUUAUUAAUGCUCAAGUGCGCCCUGAACAGUUUGCCUACGGUGUUCCUAACUUGACUUUGAAAGACAUUGCUUGCAGUCAAAUGCUCCUGGAACGCUUUAUUAUCUUCAGCAGCCGAAGAGGUCUCCCUUCUGUGCACAAGGCCAUGUGUGCCUUGUCUCAGGAAAGCCUACAGAGAGUAGAAGAUGCCUUGUAUUUAAAUGUAGAUUUCUUUAAGCUAUUUCAGCUGCUUCCCACUGUGUUGGACAGAAACUCACCAGGUGCCGACCUGAGGGCCUGGGGGAGAGUGCUGUCUAAUGUCUCCAAAGCAGUGCAAAAGCUAGCCAGGAAGCCAAGCGUUCAGGACCUUUUGAAGACUCUGCAACCGUUUGUACAAGAUGGAAGGCCAGAAUCCUUAGGCCACUUGGUGAGCUCCCUGUCUGAGCUUUUCUGUGGCUACCCAGAAGCAGGUGGAUCCAGAGUGCUUUCCUUCAACUGGUAUGAAGAUAAUAACUACAAAGCUUUCCUGGGGAUUGACUCAACAAGGAAGAAAUCCAGUCAUCUUUAUGAUAAUACAACCACACCCUUUUGUAAUGCAUUGAUCCAGAAUUUGGAAUCAAACCCUUUAACAAAGAUAGCCUGGAGUGCUGUGAAGCCCCUGCUGAUGGGAAAAAUUCUCUUUGCUCCUGAUUCACCUUCUGUGCGGCAAAUCAUAAAAAAUGCAAACUCCACUUUUGAGGAACUCGAACGCCUCAGACUAUUGACCAAAUCUUGGGAAGAAAUAGGACCUCAGCUGUGGUACUUCUUUCAAAACAGCCUGCAAAUGAAUAUGAUCCGUGACUCUCUGAAGCAUCCUACAGUGAGGAGCUUCUUGAACAGCCAACUAGGAGCUGAAGGCUUAACUGCUGAACACAUAAUCAACUUUCUUCACAAUGGACCUCCAGAGAGCCGGGAGAAGGGAAUGGCAGACUUUGACUGGCGGAACAUCUUCAGUCCUGCAGAUCAAACUCUGCGUUUGCUCAGUCAGUACCUGGAGUGCUUGACCUUGGAUAAAUUUGAAGGUUAUCUUGAUGAAACUCAACUGACUCAUCAAGCCCUUCAUCUGCUGGAGGAAAACAAAUUCUGGGCUGGUGUGGUUUUUCCAGACAUAAAGCCUACAACCAGCAGUAUUCCACCACAUGUGAGAUACAAGAUCCGGAUGGACAUAGAUGCAGUGGAGAAAACAAACAAAAUCAAAGACAGGUACUGGGACCCUGGUCCAAGAGCUGAUCCUGUGGAUGAUUUACGUUAUAUCUGGGGAGGUUUUGCGUAUCUUCAAGACAUGAUAGAGCAUGGGAUUAUAAAGACCCAGACCAACACUGAAGUGCCAUUUGGAAUUUAUCUGCAGCAAAUGCCAUAUCCGUGUUUUGUAGACGAUGUCUUCAUGAUCACCUUAAACCGCGCCUUUCCCAUCUUCAUGGUGCUAGCUUGGAUAUAUUCAGUUUCCAUGACUGUGAAGAGUAUAGUCCUGGAAAAGGAAAUGCGUCUGAAGGAGGCUAUGAAGAACAGGGGUAUAACUAAUGGGGUGAUUUGGUGCACUUGGUUCCUAGACAGCUUUGGCAUGAUGGCUGUGAGCACAUUCCUCCUCACAGUACUGAUUAUGAGCGGACAAGUACUGCAUUAUAGCAGUCCACUUCUCUUCUUUCUGUUCUUACUGACAUUCACCAUAGCCACCAUAAUGCAGUGUUUCUUGUUCAGCACCUUCUUCUCCAAAGCCAAUCUGGCAGCUGCCUGCAGUGGAGUCAUCUACUUCACCUUGUACCUGCCCCACAUCGUCUGCUUUGUCUGGCAGGACCGCAUGACUGUUAAUCUGAAAAUCCUAGCAAGUUUGCUUUCUCAAGUAGCUUUUGGAUUUGGUACGGAGUACUUGUCACGCUAUGAAGAGCAAGGUCUUGGCCUGCAGUGGGGCAACAUCAGAACCAGUCCUUUGGAAGGAGAUGAAUAUAGUUUUCUUUUUUCCAUUAAAAUGAUGCUUUUUGAUGCUCUCCUCUAUGGAAUACUUUCUUGGUAUCUCGAUCAUGUUUUUCCAGGAGACUAUGGGCUACCACAGCCUUGGUAUUUCCCUGUACAGGAAUCUUACUGGCUUGGCUCUAGAAACCCAAAAGCUGAGAAAACAGCAACUGCUGAUGAAAAAAGUCCAGAGUCAGAAGGCUGUGUGGAUCAGAAGGCCAUGGAAGGGGAGAAAAAUGAAAGCACAACAAAGACAUCUGAAGAACCUGAAAAGGCAGAAGAACAGAAUGACAACCAGAGGGAGAAGGAUGGUAAAAACAAAAAAUGUAAACACAAACGAGAAAAAGAACCUGGCAAGCAGGGGAAGCCUAAGACAGAUGUCCAGGACAAAGAUGAAAUUAAUAUAAAUGCCGUCUUUGAGCCUGAGCCAACAGGACUGAUUCCAGGAGUAUGCAUUCAGAACCUGGUGAAGACUUUUGCGAACAGGUCUAAGCCAGCUGUAGACGGGAUGACUAUUACUUUUUAUGAGGGCCAGAUCACAGCCUUCCUUGGUCACAACGGAGCAGGAAAAACAACCACCAUGUCGAUUCUGACUGGCCUCUUCCCACCCACGUCUGGAACUGUGCUGGUUGGUGGCCUGGAUAUUCAGACUCACAUGGACUCCAUCCGGCACAGAUUAGGCAUGUGCCCUCAGCACAACAUCUUAUUCAAUCACCUUACUGUAGCUGAGCACAUCUUGUUUUAUUCUCAACUGAAAGGAAGAUCGAGGGAUGAUGCCGAGCAGGAGUUGGAAACGAUGCUAGAAGACAUGGGCCUCACCCAUAAAAGGAAUGAAGAGGCUCAGAAUUUGUCAGGUGGAAUGCAAAGGAAACUAUCUGUAGCCAUUGCUUUUGUGGGUGAAGCAAAAGUGGUAGUCUUGGAUGAGCCCACUUCUGGAGUUGAUCCGUAUUCCAGGCGAUCUAUCUGGGAUCUUUUGCUGAAGUAUCGCUCAGGCAGAACCAUCAUCCUCUCAACCCAUCACAUGGAUGAGGCAGACAUCCUUGGAGACAGAGUAGCCAUCAUAUCCCAAGGGAAACUCUUCUGCUCAGGCUCUCCUGUGUUCCUAAAGAACAGCUUUGGGUCUGGCUUCUAUCUCACUCUUGUUCGAAAAAUGAAAAACACCAGAACUGGAAGGUAUUCAUCACUUUGUAGCUGUGGAUCUCAGUGCUCCUGCUCCUGCUCCAGCUGUGCACACAGGGACAAAGAAGAAGCUCCAGAGCAGGAACUGGAUGGAAAUCUCGAUGAGCUUGCAGAAGUAAUUCAUCAUCAUAUCCCAGAAGCAAAGUUAAUUGAAAGCAUUGGUCAGGAACUCAUUUACCUUUUGCCCAAUAAAAACUUUAAACAGAGAUCUUAUGCCAGUCUCUUCAGAGAACUGGAGGAAACAUUGGAUGACCUGGGACUUAGCAGCUUUGGAGUUUCUGAUACACCACUUGAAGAGGUUUUCCUAAAGGUCACAGCAGAAGCUGACCCUGGAAUGCAAAAAGCAGGAGACACUCAAGAAAAUGGCUCUACUCUCGGCAAAACUUCUACUGAGAAUAAACCAGCUGAACAAACCACACUGAAAACCAGUGAUGCUUCUCGAAUGCCAGUAGGCAUAGCAGGAGAUCCAAAUGAAGGCAAAGGGUCCCAACAGUACAAAGGUUUUCAGCUUGUACAGCAGCAGAUCAAAGCACUGCUCAUCAAACGGUUCCACCAUGCCUCCCGCAGCCACAAGGACUUCUUAGCCCAGAUUGUUCUCCCUGCUAGUUUUGUGUUGCUGUCUUUAAUACUUACAGUCAUUAUUCCUCCAUUUGGAGAAUAUCCCGCCUUAACCUUACACCCUUGGAUCUAUGGACAACAGUUUACUUUCUUCAGCAAUGAGCGUCCUGGGAGUGAGCAGAUGAUCUCCCUAACUGAUGCUUUCUUGAAUAAACCAGGAUUUGGAAAUCGCUGCAUGAAGAAUCAACCCCUUCCGAACUACCCAUGCAAUAAUAUGCCAACUACUUGGAGCACACCUGUUGUUCAUCCUAACCUAAGUAGUCUAUUGCUGAGCCAGAAGUGGACUCCUGAGAAUCCUUCACCUUCCUGCAAGUGCAGUACUCGCAAGAAACUCACUAUGCUGCCAGAAUGCCCUGCAGGCGCAGGAGGCCUCCCACCACCACAGAGAGUACAGCACAGCACAGAAGUUCUUCAAGAUCUGACCCACAGAAAUAUUUCAGAUUUUCUGGUGAAAACAUAUCCCACUUUGAUAAAAGGGAGCUUGAAGAGCAAAUACUGGGUCAAUGAGCAAAGAUAUGGAGGAAUUUCUAUAGGAGGAAGGCUCCCAGUCCUUCAUGUUUCUGGAGAUCAAGUUGUCAAUUUUUUAAGUGAUCUUGGCCGAAUGAUGAAUGUGACAGGAGGGCAAAAUUCACUGGCUGCCGCUAAAGAAAUUUCUAAUUUCCUUAAAUACAUGGAAACUGAGGAUAAUAUUAAGGUGUGGUUUAACAAUAAAGGUUGGCAUGCUAUGGUUAGUUUCCUUAAUGUAGCAAAUAAUGCAAUCCUUAGAGCUAACCUGCGGACUGGCCAAGCCCCUGAGGAAUACGGGAUCACUACUGUAAACCAUCCUCUGAACCUCACUAAGGAGCAACUCUCUGAAGUCACUGUACUGACCACUUCAGUGGAUGCUGUUGUUGCCAUCUGUGUGAUUUUUGCCAUGUCCUUUAUACCAGCCAGUUUUGUCUUAUACCUGAUUCAAGAACGCGUAACAAAAGCCAAACACCUACAGUUUGUCAGUGGCGUGAGCCCUGCCGUCUACUGGCUAACUAACUUCAUGUGGGACAUAGUGAAUUAUGCACUGAGUGCUGGAAUGGUUGUGGUUAUAUUCGCCGGAUUCAAAAAGAAAGCAUACACUUCUCCGACUAAUCUCCCUGUGCUUGUUGCCUUGCUGCUUCUGUAUGGAUGGGCAGUAAUUCCCAUGAUGUACCCUGCUUCUUCUUUCUUCAGUGUUCCUAGCACUGCUUAUGUUGCAUUGUCUUGUAUUAAUCUCUUUGUGGGGAUCAACAGCAGUGCCAUUACAUUCAUCCUGGAGUUAUUUGAAAAUAACCCGUCUUUGUUGAAGUUUAAUAAAACAUUGAAAAAUGUGCUGAUUGUCUUCCCACAUUUUUGCCUGGGCCGUGGACUCAUUGACUUGGCCAUGAACCAAGCUGUGACUGAAGUAUAUGCCAGAUUUGGUGAGGAGCAUGUUUCCAAUCCUUUUCAGUGGGACUUUGUUGGGAGGAACCUGGUUGCCAUGGCUGUCCAAGGGGUUGCAUUCUUCCUUCUGAAUCUCCUUAUGCAGCACCGUUUGCUCUCCAUAAGAUGCCUCUUGAGUUUCUCCAGGUUUGCUGAGACUGCCACAUCACCUGUUAUUGGUGAAGACGAAGAUGUUGCAGAAGAAAGAAAAAGAAUUAUGAAUGGAGGAAACAAAACCAAUAUCUUAGAAUUACAAGAACUGACCAAGUUUUAUGCAGGUAGACAGAAGCCUGCAGUGGACAGACUCUGUGUUGGCAUCCGUCCUGGAGAGUGCUUCGGUCUUUUGGGAGUGAAUGGUGCUGGCAAAACAACAACAUUCAAGAUGCUGACUGGAGAUACUGAUGUGACAUCUGGAGAUGCUGUAGUGGCUGGUAAUAGUAUAUUGACCCACAUUUCUAAUGUCCAUCAAAAUAUGGGAUACUGCCCUCAGUUUGAUGCCAUUGAUGACCUGCUCACAGGGCGAGAACAUCUCUACUUAUAUGCACGCCUGCGGGGGGUUCCAGCAGAGGAAAUCAAAAGGGUUGCUGAAUGGGGCAUCCAGAAGCUGGGACUUCCUAUGUAUGCAGACCACUUGGCUGGCACCUACAGUGGUGGCAACAAGCGCAAGCUCUCCACUGCCAUCGCACUGAUAGGCUGCCCUCCACUUGUCUUGCUAGAUGAACCAACUACUGGAAUGGACCCUCAAUCCCGGCGCCUCCUUUGGGACUCUAUUGUCGGUGUGCUCAGAGACGGGCGAGCUGUGGUUCUAACAUCACACAGUAUGGAAGAAUGUGAAGCCCUCUGUACUCGUUUAGCCAUCAUGGUAAAAGGUACAUUCAAAUGCCUGGGCACCAUUCAGCAGCUAAAAUACAAAUUUGGAGAUGGCUACAUCGUCACUCUGAAAAUCAAAGCUCCAAAGUCUGGGCUGCCUCCAGAUCCUACUCCUGCUGAGCAAUUCAUACAGAAGAACUUCCCAGGGAGUUUACAGAGAGAGAAACACUACAACAUGCUGCAAUACCAGAUCUGCUCCUCCUCUCUGGCUAAGAUUUUUCGGUUAAUUAUCUCCAAUAAGGAAAACUUGCAUAUUGAAGAAUAUUCUGUGUCUCAAACAACUUUAGAUCAAGUUUUUGUGAACUUUGCUAAACAGCAGAUGGAGGAUGAGGAGAUUCCUUUGCAUCCCCGUGCAGCUGGAGCCAACCGAGAAGCAAAGGUGUCCCCUGCAUUGCACCAGCAGGCAGUUGCAUAGACUAUUCCUGCAGCCACUAGCACUUAGAGUGUGCACAGUGCAAAGAUGUGCCAUACCAGAGCAGUACAAGGAUAAAACAAAGGUUUCCACGCUCAGCGUUAUACCGAUUUUUUUUUUUUUUUGCACCUUUCUGAGCGCUGUGCUCACAACAGCAACAGCCUUAGCAGCAGCAAACUUCUACUGCUCUAUCAGGAAUACAAAAUGCUGAAAGUGUCAAAGGAAAGGCAGGUCCUUGCUAUAGAACAGGAUCUUCCUCUAACAUAAAGUUCGUUAUAAGGUAUAAGAAGAGAAGUCUCAUUCCUGCUUGUUGGCAGGUAGAGACCACUAAAGACAGUAUUUCUGUCUGGUCCUUUUGCGUUGGUAGGUUUUUCUUGUAGGAUGUAGGAUGAUGUUUUUGAUGUAGGAUGAACUCCUACAUCAGCUGCUACCAUCCAGCAGACAUGUCCCAGUGCAGAGACCAUCACCCAGCUUAGAAGUGGAUUCCUGACAUCCUGAGUGUGCUGGACUACCAAGGGCAGAAUAUCAGUGCUGGCUGAUAGGAGCAGUGCUUGGAGACUGCUUCAGUAUUUCACCAGGCUGCCAGUGAAAACAGACAGUUUUCUCAGCAAGUAUGAGAAGAAUUAAUUCAGAUCUCGGACCCAGGCAAGAAAUUUGCUUUAAAAAGACUCAGAAUCUUAAUGAAAAUGAUCCCAUACUCAUCUUCAAGUUUCUCAAAUGGAAGCAGAAUGUCAAAAUGGAGAUUAAAAGAAAAAUAAGUAUGUCCAAAUCAGCCAAAAGUUUUGUUUUCUCAUGUAGGCCUGGAAAGAUAUCUUUAUUACUAUUCAAGAUCAGAUUUUUCUUCUUUCCUGUGACUGGACCUUAAGUGGCGGUGAAGUAUGAACAGGGUAUAUGCUUGCUCUGUGCUCCAAAGAAAAAUUUCAACCUGCUUGUAUUCCACACUGCAUUCAGUGAGAAAUCAUUUGACAUUUAGCUGUUUUCUCUGAUUCACAGUUAAACUAGAGGAAAACAAUACUGAAAACAAAUUCAUAAUGAGUUAUUGUUUCAGUUACCUACCAGAUCUAACCAUUUCUAAGAAAUCUGCUCUAAGAUAUGUUAGACAGAAAUAAAAUCUGGGUCAUGUAUUUUGGCUUUUUUAGAUUUUUUUUUCAAUUGAUGUAGAUUUUUUUUCUCUUUUUUAAUACAAGGACACUUGCUUUUUACUGUACAAAAUAUUACAAAACUUCAGCAACCAGCUGUAGUCUUCUUUUGCCAUAAUUACUUCAACUGAUUCCAAAAUAUAUUCUGGAAUUUAUUGCAUAUUUCACCCUUACAAAUAGUUGCAAAAAUCUUCCUAUACAUCCAUUAUAGAGAAAUAAAUUAAUCAUUAAACAAAACAGUAUCUCUGCAUUCUCUUCGUACUCUAAAAUAGCUUCCUUAAAAUGUCAUUCAGAUAGAUUGCAAUAGUCUUUUUCUACUAGAUUUGCAAUAAACCAACUAAGUCCCACUGAACAUCUUGUGAAAAAGAAAACACAGGAAGUCCAAAAUGUGGUUGAUUUUUCUCCCUGGCUCAGAAAAUAGAAGGGAGCUGGCAUUCUGAGGACUAGCAGUCACUUCAUGUAUUUACAAAGUGUAUUAAAAAUUAUUCAGAGAAUGCUAACAUAAUACUCUAGGUAAAAGGUCCUUUAGUAUCACAAGGACUUGUUAUAUGAAAACAGACCAAAUAUCACAGAUAGAGCAUAGAUCAGAUCUUCUGAAUCUCAUUUACUAGUAUGCAAUUUAAAAAUGAAGAACACUAAAAACAAACAAAACCCCUUCAACAAUGCAGGAUGUUACAUCUACAAAUACUGCAAAUACUUCAGAUUCUUUUGGCAAGUCAGGGGUUAGACCCAAACCAGUUAUUUGACAUAUUGCCUAUUUCUUUAUUCCAGGAACCAUUCGUUUUCUUUGGUAAUGUUAUUUGUUACAAAGCACCUGCCUCCAGGCAGCACACUCUCUUCUUCAAGUCAAAGAAGGCGGAUCAUGCAACUGUCUUCAGGCCAGCUGGCGCUGCUGGCUGAGCUGAGCUCUCUAGUAGUUAGCUGGUAUGUCCUCGUUCCAAUGUACUUAUGUCUUGCAGAAUGCCACUGCUAAAUUUGGAGCUGCUUUUCAGCACAGACUUCUCAGUAUCUCUGAUGCAUCAAUCUAAAUAGACUAGUACAGGAAAAUCUAAGUCAAUCACGUUACAGUGAACUGUAAGGGCUUUUGACUACUAGCUGUGCAAGGAAGCCUUAUUUUUUCAAAGGUGCUUCUGAGCUGAGAAUUCUUGAAUGUAAGGAAGUGUAGCUUUCAAUUGCAUACAAUUUUCCUCAGCAGUGGAGAUUCAACAUGCACCAAAAUCCUUUAAAUUAAUUCACAUAUUUGGCAGGAGUUUCUAUGAGCUUUUUCUUCUUGGAGUUCCAUGCAAUAUUCAAAUUAAACCUUUUUCUUACAAUAAAAAGGGAAUAAUUGGCA